AUGCCUCCGGUCCUGAAUCCCUUCCUGCGGGCCUUCUUCCGUAGCACUCUCCCCAGCCAGUGCUCCCCCGUCCAGCACCACGUUCUCCUCGUCCCCACCACCGAAGUCCUCCUCACCUCCCGCGACCGCGACACGAAUGCCUCGUACGCCGACCUAAGCGGCUCCGAAGAGUUCCUGGCCAGCCAUGUCCUGCGGGUUCCAGGCGGCGUGGGCCCCAACAACCACGUCAAGGAUGGCUCCACGUUCAGAGAGAGCCGUGGAAAGGCAAAGCAGUAUUCGACGGCCAACGGGAGGACCGUGAUCAUCAAGGACGCCUUCGUCUACAGCAACAAGGGCUUCAAGACUCUGAACCAGGCGCAGCUGCUGAACGACGUCAUCUUUUUUCCGGACACAUUCGAGCCGCAGCCAUGGCUGGUCUACUUCAUCUCGCGGCCGUUGAUUGGAACAUACGAUGCGACACCAAUCAUCCCUGCCUCUUUGCCAGACCCUUCUAAAGAGCGCGCGCCAAAGCAUGCCCCGGCUGGCCCGUCCAACAGCGGUCCCACGGCGUCUAUGCCGCGGAAGAAGGACGUCAAAUCCUUUGGAGACCUGCUGAACCAUUUCCCCAUGAUCGCGCGGCAGAUGCAGCCGGGCCUCGACAGGCUCUUCACCGAGUUUAGGAAAGAAUUGGAAAAGCCGCUCCCGCCCACGCCUUCGAGCACGUCUCGCGCGUCUUCGCUGAGCUCACGGAGAAGAGGUUCCGUGUCCUCUGCAGAAAGCGCACCUUUGUCGUUACACAGCAGCAUCUCAGGCCCUAAUGGAUUCAUCUCGACGUUGGAAAUCGAUGAUGAAGAGGAUCUGAUGCGACGGUCAUUGGAGACAGCGGUCAUCGCGGCGAUAGACCUAUUUCAAGGGGUCGAUAAGCAACAGCUCUCGUUGCUGGGCGCAACCACCGAUUUGACGGGUCCCAUUGUGGAGCGCAUGAUUGAAAAGUACAUCACCGAACAGCUGCAUGCAUUCAUGUUCCCUCGUCUCCAACAUAUCCGAAAGUCGGACGAUGCCGAGCUCGAGAUGCGAAUGCGGCAAAUGGUAGACAUCGACAUUUCGCAAGUAGGCAUCGACAUCGGUCAUGGUCGGAAAGGCAAGAACGAGCUUUCGGUGCGCUUGUCCAAGGCAGGCGAAAUAUUCAAGAAGAUGGGUGUAGCUGGCAGUCCGCAAGAGAUGGUGGAAAUACUUCUUGCAGUACAAAAAAACAUAACAAUGCCCGAGGCUUCUUCGACUGCUGCAAAACCUCUUCUGAAUGGCCAGCCUUAUUCAGAAAAGAACGACCACCUGCUCACCAUCAAUGCAGACACGUUGGUGUCUCUCCUGCUCAUCGUCGUCAUACGAUCUCCGAUAAAGAACCUACAGGCGCGUCUAUCUUACAUGCGACAUUUCAUCUUCAUAGACGAUGUAGAGAGUGGCGAGAUGGGCUAUGCAUUGAGCACCUUUGAGGCUGUACUCUCAUAUCUAGUCAGGGAUUCAGGGGGUUUGCGCAAAGCCAGUCGGCGCAACAGAACUUUAUGGCAAGCAACCAAAUCGGGCGACCUUGCAACUUUACAGGGUGUGCUUGAGCCUGAGAGGUCGUUCCACGAAGACGCUUGGGCUGAUUCAGACGAAGACGAAGAGAUCCGCGAGAGUGUUCGACCUGUGAGGUUCGCACCAAGCGCCUCGGAGCUUCUGGCUUCAGCUGAAGGACCUACCAACGGCGACACGGGAUCAUCUUAUAGGCCUGGAAGACUCUCUCGACUUCGACACAAAGAUGAGGAUGGUCCUCUGUCUCACAUCUUUCCCUUCCAGCGAGCUCCAACGCCUCCAAUACCAGAGCUUCCCGAUCGACCAAAUCCUAAGAAACGGGUUUCAAUGGACACAAGAAGCAUGUCCAGCUCCUCGGCAGUCUCUUUCCGGUCGCAUACUACACUAGGCUCCCGUGGUACGGGCCUCGAAGGCGACACAUCCAUAGAGAAAUUGUCCAAGACGCAGGGCUCAGAGGGCGAUUCCGUCCUCAUGAUGGCUGUAGAGAAUAGACAAGAUAAGGCACUGCAAUACUUGCUCAGCCUAUCCGAGUUUUACUCGUCUGAUUUCAUUCUUGAUGACUGCAACAACGAAGGCACGACUCUACUCAGUGCGGCCGUACAAGGCGGCAAUGCAAAGACUACCGACGUCCUACUCAGCUGGAUCCUUGAGGUAAGACCACCAGAGGACAUAUUACGAGCGUACCUGGCAAAACAAGAUUCCAAAGGCCGAUGUAUGGCACAUUAUCUCUUCAAUCAGCCAUUGCUCAUCGACAGAAUUGGUCACCUGGUACCUUGGCGCCUGAAGGACAAGAACGGUCAGACUCCCAUGUUUGCCCUUUGUCGAUCUUACGACCACGAUGAAUAUCGAGACAUGAUCGAUAGGGCACUCUACGCCGCUACAAGAGCCCAGAACGAUGGUCAGCCAUUGCAUUUGGAUGAGCACAUUGACAACAAAGGCAAUAGCUUGCUGCACAUCGUUGCAGAUCCACAGAUUGCGAUCAGGCUGCUGUAUCGGUGCGAUUCGGAUGUGAACGCUCCGAAUGACAAGCACUUCACUCCUCUCAUGGUGGCCAGCAAAUACGGCCGCACUGAAUUAGUUCGCGUUCUCUUUCAAGAUCCCAGGGUCGAUCUGUCUGUCAAAGAUGUCAGAGGGCUUACCGCUGUCGAGCUGGCCAAGGAUGAUGAAGUACGCAACAGAAUCGAUGACAUGGUAUUGCUGUCAAACGAGCCUGGACCUGACGGCCGAACAACUACUGUCGUGAGAUCAUUCUUUGUUGAGGAUGGAAGCAUCCGGCUUGUCCUCAAAUCAGGCGCUCCCAAUUCGAAUGCCACAAUCACUGUUACGACCUGCCGACGCUCCCUUCACGACUUCGAGACAUUAGCGAAAUGGUUAGCCCAGGAGCAUCCAGCAUCCUGGCUUCCGGUCAUCAAUAAUCUUGCAUCUCCAUUCCUCAUCCCGUCUCGGCCGUCGCGUUCUGUCCUUCGGGAUAUACAGCUUCGACUUGACGCAUUUCUCAAAAUCCUCUUAAAGCAUCCUACGUUCGCAACCCAUGAAAUGGUCUGGGAGUUCUUCCUCGUUCCAGAUAUUGAUAUAGCGAUGCUUGCAGAAAGAUCUUCUCGCAAAGCUGAGCUACUUGUUGAACGAAUUCGGGAGGAAUAUAUUCCCGUGUACGAUGUUCGCGAAGUGGAACUUUUCGUGCAACAUGCCCGCGAAUCCGUUCGCUCCCUACACCAUGCAUCCAAAUCGGUUCUUCGUCGCACGAACAAACUGCGUACAACGUCCACGGAUCUGGCUGACGCAGCAAAGCUCGCCAACACUGCUAUUCACACUCUGAAGUUCUUGCCGGAGCCGCAUUUGAGAGCUGUGGAUCGGUACACGAAGACUCUGACCCAGAGUGAAGCAAGCCCGUUGGCCGGUUUCUACUACAAUGUCCACGCAAUUGCUAGCACCAUUAACGCGAUACUCAGCGCUCUGAACCGGCCUUCCACGCUUAUCAAUUCCAUGUCUGCAACGCAAAAAGCCGUCGAUCGUCACUCUCUUUCCAUGCGCCGAUCUGACCGCUGGCCUCUUGGGCUGCUGGAUGACGCUCGUUCGCGUAUGCAACGCGAUGCGCAGGAGAAGAUGGAACGCGCCACGGAGGAGCUUUCCGGCUUGGGUAAAGAAUUGCGGUAUACACAGCAAGUCGUCGCGCAAGAGCUUGCCAGCUGGCAGGAGAACCGCGUGGACAUGGGCAGGAGAGCACUAAAAGAGUUUGCACGGAAGAUGGUCGUGACUGAACGAGCCAGGCUGGAAAGUAUGAGGCGCGCUGUGAGGGAGCUGGGACUUGGUGCUGCGAAUAGCCAGGCGGACGGUAAAGGUGUAGCCGUUGAUAGAGUGAACGGGACACAUCCGGAAGUGGGUCUUGAUACUGCACCGCCCGAGAGGAGGGGUAGUAUUGAAGAUGUGACAGAUGAGGUGGACGGCGCGCUGGCUGCAAAUCCCGAACAGGAUAUGGUCAAUGGCGAUAUCGACGCAGCAGAGGAUGAGCCCUUACUUCCACCGGCAUCACCACUGCAACCAGACGGCGAAACAGAUGGCGCGCCAGAGGCAAGCGAGGAGGGUGAGCGAUUACUGGCGCCUCGAACCGGGGCGGAUUGA